AUGAAUGAAAAGUCAACAGAAAAGUCAAAAUUGAUGAAUUGCGAACGCCAACCUACGAACGAUCGGAACUGGGCUCGCACUCAUUUUCUCCCACAAUCGUUUAAAACUUUGGAUUCGGAUUUCCCAGUGUUACGCAUCGCGUCUGUGGUAGACAUUGAUUCGCAGCGAACUCGGUUAAUUGGGAUUCACAGCGAACCUGUAACUUUGAUUCGCUUCUGCCCGACUCGUAAUGAACCCCUUGCGAUUGGAACUACGAAUGUCUCAGAUUCGCACUAUUGA